AUGAAGAAUCUUUCAAAAAGACCACCGGGAGCCAUCGCUGCCUAUCGACAAGUCGAUUUCCCGAAAUCAACUCACACCACCAAGAACUCUCCCAACGAUGAUGGUCUUUCGCUAGAAUGGCCAUUAGUGAUUUUUGUACUCGGGGUUCCUAUUGUGGCAUUAGUCAAUUUGUUUUGGGUCCCUGUGUACAGGGAGACAAUCAUCCUCAUGGUACUAUAUGGCUUCCUGCGAGGCCUUUCCGUCACCACUGGUAAGAAGAUUUCCCCAUAUAAAACAAACAAUCCUGACAAGUAUAUCCAUAUAGGUUACCAUCGUCUCUGGGCUCACAAAUCCUAUUCUGCCCACUGGACUUUGAAGCUUGUACUUGCGAUAAUUGGUGCGGGCGCCGGAGAAGGCGCCAUCAAAACAUGGUGCCGCGACCACCGUGCUCACCAUCGUUAUGUUGAUACUGAUCAAGAUCCAUACAGUGUCCAGAAAGGACUUUUCCAUGCGCAUAUUGGAUGGAUUAUCUUUAAAAAAGAACGAAACACGCUCGGUGCCACGGCUACUGGUCGCGUGGAUAUCAGUGAUUUGAAAUCCGACCCGAUCGUGGAAUGGCAGCGGCGAUACUACUGGCAAUUGCUAUUCCUGAUGGCCUAUGUAUUUCCUACCUUAGUCUGUGGACUAGGCUGGGGUGACUUCUUGGGCGGAUUUGUCCUCGCAGGCUGUUUAGGGACGUCAGGAGUACAACAAAGUACUUUCUGCAUCAACUCUCUUGCUCACUGGAUGGGUUCACAGCCUUACCAAACGACCAAGUCCCCACGAGACAACCUUCUCACUGCUGUCUUGACUCUUGGAGAGGGGUAUCACAAUUUCCACCAUGAGUUCCCGAUCGACUACCGGAAUGGAUAUCGGUGGUAUCACUUCGACCCAACCAAGUGGGUGAUCUGGCUAUGUAGCCAGUUAGGAUUUGCCUCUGAUCUCAGAAAAUUUCCAAACAAUGAAAUUGAGAAGGGAAGAGUACAGAGAAAGCAAGAAUCUUUGAGCAAAGAAUGUGAGAAGUUGGAUUGGGGAUUACCGCUUGGAGAAUUGCCAUCCAUGCAAUGGGAAGAAUUCCAACAACAGGCCAGGACAGGGUGUAACUUGAUCGUCAUCAACGGGUUUGUGUACGAUGUCUCUGAAUUUGUGACCAUACACCCUGGGGGGGGCUUCAAUGUUAACAGGCGCCAUUGGGAAAGACGCAACCAAAAUGUUUGA